UUCUCUCCGGCGACCAUGGCAUCUCAUCACCUCUUCUUCUUACUCUUCCUGUUUCUUUCUCCGGAUCAAUUUCAUUCCAUUUCUUUCAAAAUCAAAGACUUCGAUUCUCAUUCCGACAACAUGGUUUAUCAUGGAGAUGCAGAGCCUCUAAAUGGUUCCAUUAGCUUCAAUGGUCAGCUUGGUUGGGCCACUUACGCCCAAAGCCUGCGUCUUUGUGAUCAUUCCAAACGCCACCUCUCAAAUUUCAAAACCCACUUCUCAUUUCUCAUACCAAACUAUAAUCACACCAACUCCACUGUUCAUAGUAAUGGAUUAGCCUUUUUUCUUGCUCCUUCUGAAUUCAACCCACCUCUUAAUUCUUCUGGAUCUUUUCUGGGUCUGUAUAAUUUCACGCGAAACGAGUCGUUUCAUUCCCAAAUUGUUCAUGUGGAAUUUGAAUGGGAUCCACCGUUUCAACACAUGGGCAUAAAUAGAAACUCAAUUGCUUCAUCAAUUUAUUCGCCAUGGAAUUCAAGUGAUUAUCAGAAGAAGACACACGUGUGGAUUUCUUACAAUGCAACAGAUAAGAAUCUAAGUGUGUCAUUGAAUAAUAAUGCAACUCUUUCUCAUCAUAUCGAUUUGUUGAAGAUUCUUCCAGAAAAGGUGACAAUUGGGUUUUCAACUUCGGUUCAGAAUCUGAGUAUUGAGUUUUGGGAAUUCAGUUCGAGUGAUUUUGAUGCAAAUUAUGAAGAGAAAGAUGACAAUUUGCGUCUGGAAGAAAGUGAAAAGGCCAUAAACAUGAAAUUAUUAGCGGUUCUAAUAGCUUGGGUGGGUGUUUUUGUGAUAGCGAUUCUUGCAAUUUUUGUAGUUUCCUUGGCAAGAUCUGGGGCAGAGGAGGAGAAGAGAGAUGAACAACAACAUGCAGGGAUGAAAUUGGCUUCAAUUUAUUCUGAUUUGAACAAAGAGGCUUCAUCACCAAGGAGAUUCUCUUACAGAUAUCUAGCUAUGGCGACGGAUAACUUUUCAAUGAAUGGAAAAUUGGGACAAGGAGGAUUUGGGACGGUGUUUAAAGGCCAUUUACCUGGUGCUAAUAAGACAGUUGCUGUGAAGAGGUCUUUUAAUGGCUCAACGCAGGGGAAGAGAGAGUAUGUGAGUGAAGUGAAGAUUAUUAGCCAUAUGAGGCACAACAAUUUGGUGCAACUCAUUGGAUGGUGCCACGAGAGGGAUAUUAGCGAGUUUCUUCUCGUCUAUGAGUUCAUGCCCAAUGGUAGCCUCGACUCUCAUCUCUUUGGAAAAGGCCCUCCUCUGCCCUGGCCUUUGAGGUACAAGAUAUCCUUGGGGCUAGCGUCUGCAUUGCUAUAUCUUCACGAAGAAUGGGAGCAUAGCGUCAUCCACAGAGAUAUCAAGUCAAGCAACGUGCUAUUAGACUUCAAUUUCACACCAAAACUGGGUGACUUUGGAUUAGCGAGAUUAGCAAAGCAUGAACUCAACUCGAAAACACCUGGGUUGGUGGGAACUUUCGGGUACAUGGCUCCUGAGUACAUAAGCAGCGGUCGGGCGAGCAAGGAGUCAGACACGUUCAGCUUUGGAGUGGUUUUACUUGAAAUUGUGAGUGGGAGAAAGUGCUGUGAUCAUUCAGGGAAGGGGUUGAUAGAGAUGGUUUGGGAUGCUUAUGGGAGAGGAGAGGUUGUUGAAGCAAUAUUGGAUGAAAAAUUGCGAGAGGGGUUUGUGGAGGUAAAAGAAGUGGAGCGCUUGAGCGUGGUUGGGCUGUGGGCUGCUCAUCCUGAUGCGGCUCAAAGGCCAUCCAUAAAGCAAGUGAUUCAAGUUCUUAGUUUUGAAGAGGCAAUGCCUAAUCUACCCAAACAAAUGCCUCUUCCAACUUUUUGUCAGCCUUCCCUUCAGUUUUAAAUUCCCCACACACACUUUAUUUUGUACCUUUGGGAACGU